CGGUGACAUAAGGCGUCAGCUGAGAGGAGGAGGAUGAUGCUGCUGCUGCUGCUGAUGUCACUCUGCUAGUCGCACACACUGCAAACGUCAACACACCGAAAGAGGGUAUCGAGUUGAUUGGAGGAUGGCGUUUGUGAAGAGCGGAUGGCUGCACAGACAAAGCACCAUCUUGCGGCGCUGGAAGAGGAACUGGUUUGACCUCUGGUCGGAUGGACGUCUGGUCUUCUACGAUGACCAGCAGCGGCGGGACAUGGAAGACGAGAUCCACAUGAAGGUGGACUGCAUUAACAUCCGCAACGCCAGCGCGUGUAGAGAGCUCACACCACCUGAAGGCAAAAGCAAAGACUCGCUCCUGCAGAUCGUCUGCCGGGACGGUCGCGUCAUCAGCAUCUGCGCAGACAGUGCAGACGAUGCUUUGGCUUGGACCAUGGCACUUCAGGAUGCAAGACUCAAUACUAUUGUGCCGCCGCAUCAGGUCGGUUUUGCCGAGGACGUCGUAGCAUCAGCUCCUCCACCCUAUUCUGAAUUAAACCCAACUCCACAGGUUUUCUAUCCUGAUGGAUAUGGCGGUUAUGCUCCUCAUCCUCCGCCUUAUACCACACAGAUGGUCUACUCCGCAGAUGGACAGCAGUAUGCAGUUGCCUACCCAUACCAUUAUCAAGGUGGAUACACACCCGGCGUCAACCACGUGAUAGUGCAGGAGCGCCGGCGUGACGACACAGGUGACGUAGCUCUAGGGAUGCUGGCCGGCGCAGCGACGGGACUGGCCCUCGGAUCCCUGUUUUCCGUAUUCUAAAGUGUUUUUGUGAACCCAGCCCACCUGAACCCACCUGACCCACAGCGCGGGAAACAGUCCCGUGUUGUUUUAACUUUGCCUUUACGCCUCGUAACACGCAGGUCUGAUAAUGUAGCCGGGCUGGGUGAACGUUUGCUUACUUUUCUGUAUCCGUCUUUGUACCAAAGCUUAUGUACUUUCAAUUAGGCACCAACAAAUGUGUUUGCGCUGCAAAUUUAAUCUGUAGCAUACAAAGAUACUCACUAAAAUAUUGGCGUCUGUUUUUAAGAUAAAGAUAAUCAGGGGGUUUAAAGAUCAGCCGCUGUUUAGAAAUACUAAGUGUCUGUUGUUGAGUCUAUAAAUGGGUCUUGUUUAUGCUAACAAUGACUAGAAACAACACAGGCCUUGAUGAAAUGAAUGAUGGGCAAGCAGUUGUUUUUUCCUGUUAGUUCUAAUAAGAAAUGAAACCGUUUUUUUUGUGUCAUUCACAGCUGCAAACCCAAAAUUGUGCUGAUUUAAGUGUUUGUUGACAGUGUAGUUUAUAAGGAAUAGUUCACUCAGAAAUGAAAAUUCAGUCAUACUAUAUAAUUUGGGAAAAAAGCAUCCUGUAUUUCUUUUGUCAGUUUUU